UAAUUAAAACUUUUAAGUUGCUUUUACCCCACUUAAUUAAUUUUCUUGCUGUCAGUCUUUUUUCUUACUACAUAUUUGUAUACAUAUAUAUAUGCCACUAAUAUCAACAUUCGACGGUCGAACUUUCACUAUUUUCUCCCUGAUCGUAGUUAGAAAAUGAGCUCAGAGGGUAACAAAGAGAGCAGAAUUAAGAAGUGCAUAAAAGCACCCAUUAGAAUUUUGAGUAAAGCCAGGGACUGUUACGUCCAUAGCCUGAUGGAUUGUUCUGGAAAAAUUGGCUAUGGCAGUGUCAUUGGGGUUCCACAAAUAUCUGCUUUGCCUAGAAGUUUCAGUACCAAUUCGUCUGUGUCAAGUAGCUGUGAUGAAGAUUUCAGGGAGCUAGUACGAAUUGCUUCUAGAAAAAGUCUCGUCAGGAAAGUGGAAGCAGACCUUCUGAGGCAAAAAUCACUUGCUAAAAAUGCGGUGAAUGUUAAUGCUGUGCCUAGGAGUCGAUCUGCUGCAAUUGGAAGAAUCGAUGAAGAUAAGCCGUGUGAUUUUGGUGACGAUGUCAAAGUGAAUACCGAUGUGUUUAGGAGAAGUAGAAGCUGUGCUGUUGCUUCAAGAAGAACAGGCGUGUUCUGAAACAGAUGAAGUUGAAUUUGGAAGAACGAAACAAGGCUAGUUGUUGUAAAUUUAUCUGCUUGACUAUUUGUUUCUUGGAUUGUACUUGUUAUGGUUCCUCUUUACCUGUUUUGGUAUACUGUUGCAUAUACAUGUUCAGUUUGUUCUAUGUAAUGAAGUUGCAUUUUCAGGUUGCCCGGCU